AUGGCCAUGAAACGCCAAGCUUAUAAAUCCACUUCAUGUUCUAACUUCCUCUGCAUUAGAUAUUCAACCAUCCUCAGUUUAAUUCUAGUCUUUACCUCCUUUUUCCUCUUCCUUGCACAACUUAGGCACGUCCGGGAACCAUUACUUUGGGCAGGGCAAGCCCGGUUUCACGGUGACCUAAGAGAUGCUAAAUUCCCAUGGAACAAGCUAUGCUUUGGACCGACCUUUAAGAAGCUCAAGCUCGCCGUGUUCUCCAAGACAUGGCCAGUUGGUGCAGCCCCUGGUGGUAUGGAGCGCCACGCUUCAACUCUAUACCAUGCCUUGGCGGCAAGGGGCCACGAAAUUCAUGUCUUUACUGUGCCUUCAAAUAGAAGGCCUCAACAUGACAUCCAUGAAGGCAACCUUCAUGUGUACUUCGCUGCAAAUGACCAUGGUUCAGUCAAUUGCUCUCUAGCAUUUGAAAUUUUUAAUAAGAUAAAUGCAAGUGGCGCGUUUGAUUAUGUGCACACGGAGAGUGUUUCCUUGCCAUAUUGGCGUGCAAAAUUUUUGCCUAAUCUGGCUGUAACUUGGCAUGGCAUUUGGUAUGAAAUUAUGCACUCAAAGUUGUUCCAAGAGCUUCUUGUCAACCCAAAUGAGGCUCUUCCAGGUCCCAUGACAGAGCUCCAAGAAGCUAUACCCAGGCUAAUUGAUGAAAUUAGAUUUUUCUCGAGCUAUAGACAACAUAUUUGUAUCAGUACUAGUGCUGGCGAGGUUCUAGUUAACAUCUAUCAAUUACCACAAAGAAAUAUCCAUGUUAUACUAAAUGGGGUUGACGAUGCAAAAUUUGUGCAAGAGCCAGAAGCGGGUGCAGCUUUAAGAAGAAAACAUGGGGUCCCUGUCAAUGCAAGCCUUGUCAUGGGAGUGGCUGGGCGCUUGGUUAGGGACAAAGGGCACCCACUUCUGUAUGAAGCCUUUUCAUCAAUAAUUAAAAGACAUCCUGGUGUGUUUUUACUUGUAGCAGGGUCAGGUCCUUGGAGAAGAAGGUAUGCUGAAUUAGGCUCAAAUGUGAUGGUUUUAGGCGCAUUGGAGCCCUCGGAGCUGUCUAAAUUUUAUAAUGCUCUUGAUGUGUUUGUGAACCCAACAUUGAGGCCUCAGGGGCUUGAUCUAACUUUGAUUGAAGCAAUGCAUUGUGGGAAGCCUGUUUUGGCCCCAAAUUAUCCUAGCAUCGUUGGGACUGUAGUUGUAAAUGAAGGACUUGGGUAUACUUUUUCACCUAAUGUCAAAUCUUUUGUGGACGUCUUGGAGUUGGUAAUAAGAGAUGGGCCUGAAGUUCUGAAGAGGAAAGGCAUGGCCUGCAAGGAAUAUGCACUGUCAAUGUUUACAGCGAAUAAGAUGGCAUCUGCUUAUGAAAGGUUCUUCCUCUGCAUGAAGGACACUAGGUAUUGUCAGUACCCUCUUCUAACAGAUUGUUAG